UUCUUUCCUCCGAUCCCUCUCCCCUAGUCGAGCCCGCGGCGCUUUCUCUCUUGCCAGCCGCCGCCGCCGCCAGGCUCCAACGCCGUCAACGCCGGCUCCUGUGCCGCUUCCCGGCCAUCUGAGUCCAGUUCCCCCAUCCGCGCGCUCUCAACUCCAGGUCGGGGGCCGCCGCCUGGGGCGCGCGCCCUCGACCCCAUACGGCCGCUGGAAUCUGGUGGAUGCGCCGCAGCCAUUGCCGCAGGUCCCUUCUCGCCGCCGCCGCGCCGUCAUUCAUGGCGAGGCGUCGCCGGGUAGGACCAGAACCUUAAUCCAUGCUAUUCAACAUCCCGUACUGCAAAUCACAAGCUCCUGCAGCCGCCGUCGCAGCUAUCUCCAGCAUCCGCUUCUCCUCCUCGCCGGCUUUGAUUCCGCCGCCGUCCCAGCCGCUGAUUUCACCUCCGCCGGCGCUUCCCGAGGAGAACCCAUUCGCCGCACUACUCGCCUCUGAUCCCCCACCGCCGGAGCCCCUCCGCCUGGUGCUCGCCACGGGCGACGUUCACUCCGCGCUCCGCGGCCUCCCGGGCCUCGCGCGCCAGCUGUUCCGGUGGGCGGAGGACACCCCGCGCGGCUUCCCGCGCACCGCCUCCGCAUUCGCCGCCGUCCUCGUCCCGCUCGCUCAAUCCAACCACAUCCGGGCUGCCUACCCCGUCUCCCUCCGCGCACUGCACCUCGGCCUCCUCCUCCCCCUCGUGUCCCUUCUCCUAUCCACCCACCUCUCUCCCGCCCCAAAAUCCCUGUUGAGCCUCCUCUUACGCCUGUCCACCAAGUUCUCCCCAGAAUGCGAAGGUCGCGACGCUGCGCCCACCACCUGUUCGACGCUGUGCCUGUCCACCUUCCGUGAGAUGGCGCAUCACAGAGUGGCCCCUGACGUCAAAGACUGCAACCGCGUGCUCCGUGUGCUCCGUGAUGCGGCCAUGUGGGAUGACAUUUGCGCGGUGUAUGCAGAGAUGCUCCAGCUUGGGAUUGAGCCGAGCAUUGUCACGUACAACACUUUGCUGGAUUCUUUCUUGAAGGAGGGAAGGGAGGACAAGGCUGCCAUGGUGCUGAAGGAGAUGCAGAAACGGGGGACUGGUUGCUUGCCAAACAAUGUCACAUACAAUGUGGUGAUUUCUUGGCUGACCAGGAAAGGUGACCUGGGGGAUGCAGUGGAGCUGGUUGACUGGAUGCGGCUGUCCAAGAAAGCGUCAUCCUUCACUUACAACCCACUGAUCACUGGGUUGUUUGCAAGGGGUUUUCUUAAGAAGGCUGAAGCUUUGCAGUUGGUGAUGGAGAAUGAAGGUAUCAUGCCGACAGUUGUGACAUACAAUGCAAUGAUUCACGGGCUGCUUCAAAGUGGGCAGGUGGAGGCUGCACAAUUGAAGUUUGUGGAGAUGAGGGCGAUGGGCUUGCUUCCAGAUGUGAUCACGUACAAUUCUUUGCUAAACGGGUAUUGUAAGGCAGGCAAUUUGAAGGAGGUUCUUUGGUUGCUUGGCGAUUUGAGGCGUGCAGGGUUAGCACCAACAAUUUUGACAUAUAACAUUCUGAUAGAUGGUUAUUGUAGAAUAGGUGAUUUAGAUGAAGCUAGGAGAUUGAAAGAGGAAAUGGUAGAGCAGGACUGUUUGCCCGAUGUUUGUACAUAUACAACUCUCAUGAAUGGUUCACAUAAGGUGAGGAACCCUGCUAUGGCAAGAGAGUUCUUUGAUGAGAUGCUGAGCAAAGGUUUGCAGCCAGAUUGCUUUGCCUAUAAUACAAGGAUUCGCGCAGAGCUUGCCCUAGGGGAUGCUUCCAACGCUUUCCAGUUGAGGGAGGCGAUGAUGUUGGAAGGAAUAUCUUCUAAUACAGUCACAUACAAUAUUCUUAUUGAUGGAUUGUGCAAGACUGGAAACCUGAAAGAUGCUGAAGAUCUGCGGAUGAAGAUGGUCCGUGAUGGUUUAAAGCCUGACUGUAUCACAUACACCUGCUUGAUUCAUGCGCACUGUGAAAGAGGACUCCUAAGAGAAGCAAGGAAAUAUUUUAAUAUGAUGGACUCAUAUCAUCUACCACCCACAGCUGUGACCUACACUGUUCUUAUUCAUGCAUAUUGUAGAAAAGGAAACCUUUAUUCAGCAUAUGGUUGGUUUCGAAAGAUGUUGGAAAAAGGAGUUGAACCUAAUGAAAUAACAUAUAAUGUCCUUAUACAUGCGCUAUGCAGGAUGGGCCGAACUCAAUUGGCUUAUCAUCAUUUUUAUGAGAUGCUGGAAAGGGGAUUGGCACCAAACAAAUACACAUAUACCUUGUUGAUAGAUGGAAACUGCAAAGAAGGCAGCUGGGAAGAUGCGAUGAGAUUGUAUUUUGAAAUGCAUCAGAACGGCAUACAUCCAGAUUAUUGCACACAUAAGGCCUUGUUUAAGGGAUUUGAUGAAAGUCACAUGCACCAUGCAAUUGAGUAUUUGGAGAACGUUGUUUUGGGUGAAUAGGUUGAUCUCAGUGAAAGAUUAUCCUUGCAUUUCAGGUGUGUCCGUCCCAAAGAUGAUAGAUGGAGUUUAUGGGCAAUUCCUUUCAAAAGGGAAACAAAAGGAGAGUUUGAAACAAUGUUCUCUGAGUUAAGCUGCUGGGUGCUUUCUAAACAAAUAGUUAAGCACAAGCAGGCCUUCCUCUUGCUGCUCAGAUGAUGAAUGGAGUUUGGAGUCAAUUCCAUUCGAAAGAAGAAAAAGCAAGACUUAGGUACCAUGUCCUCUGAGUUAAGCAGCUGGAUGCUUCCCAAAUGAAUAGUUGAGUACAAACAGUUCUUCCACUUGCUGCGUUAACCUUGCCAGAAUUCUUUUCUUGGCAAGUUGGCAUUAUACUCAUGGAGAUGUGUUUUCUAAUGGAAACUGGGUGGAAUAUGGUCUGUUUUCUAAAGGCCUCUCAUCAUACGAUUCUGUCCCAUUUGUUAUUUGCUUUUGACAAGGUGUGCUGGAACCGACUGGUGUUGAUCAACUAUCUAAAAUAGUAAAUGGCUGCAGGCCUUUGCGACUGAGCUUCCUUCAAUUACAUAUAGGAUUUCUCUUGGUAAGAAUAUACCAAGAAUUUUUUGUAAUGAAUAAUUCCUGUAUGACCAUCAAUUUGUCAUAGGCAUAAGUCACAGUAUAUUGAUCUGUCAGAUAUGUAAUCAUUCUUUGGGUCUUUUAGUGAGAAAUUAUCUCUUUCUAAA